AGGUCACGUAACAGAGUGCAGGCACGUGUGUACAUGCGUUUACACUGCAGCAUAUGUAUAACAUCGCCGGUUCAAGUUGUAGUGAUACAGCUAAUUUACUUGCCGCCGUGGAAGGAAUAACAUUCAGAUACUAAAUUGUAAUUCAUACACACAGAAUUGCUGCAUCAGAGGGCUUCCUGUUACAAUGGCACUGAGAGGAAAAGUUGCUAUCAUUACAGGUUCCAGUUCAGGAAUUGGGGCAGGAAUUGCAGCAGUGUUUUCAAAAGAAGGAGCCAAACUGUCUUUGACAGGCAGGAACCAGAAGAAUUUGGAGGAAGUGGUUAAGAACUGCAAGACGAAAGGUUCUGCCGAUGUUCUCAUAAACGUGGGUGACGUCACGAAUGAUGCUUUCAGGAAGACUCUCGUGGAGGCAACCAAGAAGAAGUUCGGGAAAAUCGACAUACUGGUUAACAAUGCUGGGAUCGCAACGAUGAGUCCGCUGGGAGCAGCGCCCAAAGAACUGUACGACAAAACAAUGGCUGUGAACGUGGAGGCACCUGUGUUUUUGACACAGUUGGUUUUACCGUAUUUGGUUGAAACUAAAGGGUGUGUGGUUAAUAUUUCGACUUGCGGAACGAGUACAAUUAUACCGAAUGGAGGUAUCUACAUCAUGUCGAAGGCGGCCUUGGACACAUUCACAAGAUACCUUGCCCAAGAAAUGGCUUCCCAGGGGGUUCGCGUUAAUGCAGUCCAACCAGGCCACGUACCCACUUCAAUAAUGUCUGGGCAGUUAAACAAAGAAGAAAGUGCCAUGAUGGAAAAAUCCAUGAUUAAAGCGACGCCAAUUGGUCGAACGGCUACGGCAGAGGAAAUGGGACACAUUGUUGCCUUCUUGGCCUCGGAAAAAGCAGCCUUCAUAACAGGGGAAUGUAUCUUGGCCGAUGGCGGGUUGACAAUGACCACACCACCCAUCUCUACAUAAGAAUUCGGAUUCAAAGGACUUAUAUUUGCCUCCACUGUCUGCAGAUUGUGUACUACCAAAUACGCAAGGCCACUGGUCAAAUUGACAAAAAUGAGUUUAUAUACCGCUUACUAGUAUGUAAUGACGUGGGGAAAAGAAGUCACCGGCUAGCAAAGUAGAACAGAGUUAAAUCUGAAGAGGUUUAUUCAAACCAUACAUAACGUAGAAAAUCUUCCCAAUUCUAAAGUUUACAUUACUAAAACAUUACUCUGAGAAGCACAGCUUCUUUGACUUAUAGUUCUGAGAAAAUAUUGAGACAUGAUUUAUUCUGAGAUAUACAGAAUUAAAAAGAUAUACCAUAGUUUGAAAAGAUGUUUUCCACCUCGACACUAUGAGCUGAAUCUUUAAAGCUGUUCUUUGGGGAUUAAAAGUCACACAGAUGACGACCUCAGCACGCCGCACAAAGCAAUAUUCCAGCUAUAUGACGACGGUCUGUAAAUAACCAAGUCUGGACCAGACAAUCCUCUCAUUGAUAUCAUGAGUAUCAAUCCACGCAAUUGAGAUCAAUGACAUGCAUCAAACCAAGUCAGCGAGCCUGACCACCCGAUCCCGUUAGUUACCCCUCACGACAAGCAUUGUCCCCUUUUACGGCAAGCAUGGGUUGCUGAAGGCCUAUUCUAUCCCGUAUCUUCACGGUUCCGCAACAUUACAAAACUAAACACCGGAGGUUGGGUUCACUCAUUGUACACACGUUGGGAAUUAAACCCAGAUCUUUGUGAGAGUAAGCGUGUGUUGCACCACAGCAGUACGCCUGCCACAUGACGACAGUUUGUGAACAAUCGAGUCUUGUCCAGACAAUCCAGUGAUCGGCCCAUUUGUGUGUUAUUGUGCCCCGACAGCUGAGCGUGUUGAUGAUGUGGGCAUAUACUGGAUUACGUAUAGGCCAUCGUGAUGUAGCUGGACUAUUGGUGAAUGCUUUGUUAAACAGUAAAUACAUUGGAAUACCGAUUGACAUAAAGGGAAAUUUGAAGUCA